AUCGUUUUCUUAAGAUUUAAAUUCAUUCCCUUGAAUUUAAGACGCUUUUUAUGAAAAUCCAUAGAUUUGUCGCAUUUACCCAAAUCCCCACCGAAAAGAACACGCCCUGUUCAUAACCCUAUUACACUCGGAUAAUUAAAGUUCCCUAUUUCUCAUUCCCAUAGACGACCACAAGCUUCCAUAACAUCGUUAUUCCCAAACAACGAUAAGUUCACAAUGGAUCCAUUCUCAUCCGAAGGGGGUACGCUAUAGAACAUACUCAAGUUUAAUUGCGCUCCGCUAACACCAACAAAUUCUAGAGCUUCUGACCAUCCACAACGCCUUCCAUGGAGGACAAUAUUCGGCCAUAAUUAACCACGAUACCUCAGGUUUGUCGGCAGAAAACAGGAUCCCAUCAAGGGUUUACAAGCUACGUUCUCAGAUCGCUAGUGGUCAGGCAGAAGGAGUAGCAGCUGAGCUCGAGGGAGAGGAUAGCCCGGACCUAGCUGUUCUGAAGGCAUUUGCGGAAUACAGCCAGGGUAAUACGGUGGACGCUAUGAAAACGGUUGAAUCGCUUGUGGAAGCGUCUUCAGAUAAUGCUACUGUCCAAAUUAUCGGAGCUACGGUAUUGCACGUGCAGGGUAGAAGUGAAGAGGCUCUCGCUCUACUUAGUAAACACCAGGGGAGCUUAGAAGCGUGCGUAUUCAUCUGAUCUGAUGAUAUUUUACUUUAUACCCUCUCUUUGCUGAUUAUAUUUCACCUUAUAGUGUAGCCCUAGUUGUGCAAAUUCAUCUGUCGCAAAACCGGACAGACCUUGCGCUUAAGGAAGUGCUGAAUGCCAAACGAUGGGCUCAAGACAGUUUGUUGGUUAACCUUGCUGAAUCGUGGGUUGGCCUACGUAUUGUAAGUCUAUUUCUAGGCGGUGAAACCACAACCCUUCUCUCUAUCCCCUCUGCUCUUCAGUUUUGAGGGAGUGUUAUAUAAUUUGCUCAUUGUCUCACUCGCGCGUGAACCUCCAUGUUGAGCUCUUCAAAUGUAUCCGUACAUGUUAGGAUAAGAUGACGGCUGACAGGUAACUCUCGGGUUUCAGGGUGGCGAAAGAUACCAGCAGGCAUAUUAUGUCUAUGAAGAGCUAGCUCAAACUCCUUCCACCUCUACCCCGCGUGCCCUGAUCGGCCAGGCUGUUGCUGAACUCCAUCUUGGGAGAUUACCAGAGGCGGAAGUUGCUUUGCAGCAAGCUCUCGAAAAGGAUCCGAAACAUGAAGAUGCCCUUGCAAACAUGAUCAUCCUCUCAAUCCUCGCGGGCAAAGAAUUUGAUGAAUACCUCAGGUAAGCUCUCUGCCAUAUCCCGCCCCUUUGAUCUCUAGCCCAAAUUUGUCAAAAUUGGUAGUAUUUCGGGAAUGCCGUCGGGCUAGUACCAAUGGUUGCUGAUUCGCUUAUCAUUCAGCUCAUUGCAAAAUUCGGCGCCAAGCCAUCCCUUCCUAACCAAUGUCGCUCAGAAGAGCGAAUUGUUUGAUAAGGCUGCGGCAAAGUAUACGGCCAAGGUAGGAGCUUGAGGCGGUGUUUGAUCUUUUAAAAAAUUAUCUCAAAAUAUCAUAAUCAAAUGCCCCACUGUUUUCCGGGGCGGCCUUGUUUCUUUCUGCUUCGCCCUAUUUUAGUAGAUGGAUAGAACGGGAACAAUACGAGAUUAAUGAUCCAGUCCACCGUCAACCGGAAACUAUCAUUACACCCCGGUGUUUUAAAAGGACGGAGCCUUUUGUCUGUAACACCCGUAUUCUCAUCCCGCUCGAGCACUUAGAUGUCGGUGUAUGGCACAGGUACCGGUACUCCUGUGCUCAGCUCUUCCCGUGCAAGCAAAUAUUGUCCCUGUAAGUACUGGUACCCUUGUUCAUAAUUGGAAGGGACGGGAAAAAAAUGAGAAAUUGAGGGGUACAAGGGAAAAACAGUCAAGCAGAAAUCGAGCAUUGAAGAAACAUGAUGCUAUGCCGGUCGCCCACGCGGCCGGAAGGUAUGUAUAUAAUUCCAAGUGCCCUAACACCACACUGCAUGGAGAGAAAUAACAUCUACGGUAACCGUCUCAUCAAUUCGAUGCUUCUGCUACUCAGUGGAACAACCAUAUUGUGAAAUGGAAUAAAAUGUAAUUGUACUGUAUGAUCCCGGUACUCUCAAGCCCUCCCCUGUACUUAGGUAUGAUACCUCGUGUACAUACCAUAUGUAGCCGGACCGAAGCCGCUUUUUUUUUCUACAGUAAAAGUCUUCAAUGCCGCAACCUUGGCAUGAAAAUAUCUACAAUACCAUAAUACCUUACUCAUAGACUAGUUUGGUCACUAAUUUUUAUGUCCCCCCCUACAACUGUUUACAUAAGUACACACACCCCUAAACACAGGCUGUCUAUCCAUGGGCAGUUUGAAACCUUGCAGACAUAGACCCCUCAUGUUGAAUCUCACUUGGAAACUUGGUAGCUGAACUUUUCCCCAAUAGACCAGUCAUGCAAAACCCCUGUGACUCCACUGAAGGAAGAGAAAUGUUGCCCCAAGGCCAGAGCUGGAUGGAGAUCAGAUAAGGCCACCACCAUAGGAUCAGGGGAGGAAAACAUCCACAAAAACUCAGGAAGGAAAGAAAGUGAUGAGUUGUGUCAUGGUGAAAAUUUUUCAUUACCGGUACUAGUCUAACAUGUUGUGGCAUUGUAGAUAUUUUCACGCCGGGUUGUGGCAUUGAAGACUUUUACCGUUUUUUCUAUGAUAGCAGUAACCAGCCAGAAGAGGCGCAACCUCAACCCGGAAACAUGAGCACUUAUACACGAGGAUAUGCCAAAGAUUCCAAAUGGCGAUGAACACAAUUGUCACAGAAUGCCGUCCUACCAGCACAAAAAUUCUUUGCAUCAUGCUGCCGUACAAGUACUGUACGUUGCGCACAUUUCCAUGCUAUCGGGGUUCGGAGCUUUAAUGAGCAAUUUGUUCUACUGUACAGUACCGGUACCCCAGCUGCCAAAGCCUUUUCAUCAAGCCUUUUCCUCCAAGAGCAUGGGAUGUGGUUCGUUUUCGGGUGGUUCGACGUCACUGACAUCGGUCUGGAUCCCAUUGACGACCCCCCCGAUUCACCAGGAUCAAAGACAUAGAGCACCGUUUGAAUAUGAUAAGGUUUCUGAGAAGCGAGUACUACUUCAACCACAGUACGUCGCUGUCUUCAAGCCACCCUGUGUCCUCGGGCGGUGGCAGAUAAUCUCUAAGAAACCAAUAAUUUACCCAGGAGAAAAACCUCUCAAGUUCGCGCCCUUUGCGAUCAUUUCCUGCAAUCAAAACCAUCACCAUCACCAAGCCACACGUCACGGUACUGUGCGGUACACUACCAUAUCUGGGGGGAGCCAUCAAAAGAAGAAAAAGAAGAAAAAAACUCUGGAAUUUGUUUUGAGCGAUUU